AUGGAGCUCCGGCAGCGGGAGGAGGCGCUGCUUGAUCGAACGCGGCAGUUGACCGACCUCCUGUACCUUGCGCAGCGCCUGCGGACUUCUUCGUCGGCGCCUUCUGCCGCGGCGCCUGCGGAGCACCUCUCCCCAGCCGCGCUUCUGCGGAGCGCACUGGUGGAGCCGCUGCGCAAACUGAGGACUUCGAGGUCCAUCGACGAAUGCCACAGAAGACAGGCCUUCGCCAAUUCGCCCCGCUCCCCCGCCCUCACGCGGUCGGCGCCCGCCACCCCGGCCGCAGUCCUCGCGGGCGCCCUCGAGGGGCGCGCGCCGUUCGCCAAGGCACUCUUCGCCGAUGAGGGACUAGAGCAACGCAUCCACGUUUGUUCAUCUCCCAGUUCAGCGGCUUCAAGCGCCCUCUCCGCGAGCCUCCCCCGGGGGGGGGCGGCGCCUACGUUGUUGAGCGUGGUCGGCGCAUGA